GUGGUUUAGUGAUCGCUGCCUGUCUCACUAACUUGAGAAAACUAGAAGGUAAGUUUGGGAAGGCUGCUAAAAACGUCACCAGCAACUUGGAUAUUAAAUGUAAUCGAUAAAGCAAAUAAUCGAUUUAAAAUGAUCGACAAUAGUCGUGCAAGGCGUCUGAAUGUGAACCGUUGACACUGGGAAUGAAUUUGACCAUUUGACACGAUACUGCGAAAUGGACAAGACCUACACUUUUAUACUGGGAAUCGUCACAGCUUUUGCCCUAUGCAAAUACUCACGGGCUGAAUGGAAUACCACACGGGUAUCAGGGAACAUCACUGUGUCUUGCAAUCACCAUGACAACAGCAGCAACUGCACAGAUGUUAAAGAUGACCACAGCUGGAGUGGCCACUUUUCUGAGUGUCCUACGGAGUACAUGCAUUACUGUAUUAAUGGUGAUUGCCGUUUUGUAAAAGAGCAAAACACUCCUUCGUGCAGAUGUAAAAGUGGAUAUAUCGGCACUAGGUGUGAAUAUCAUGACAUCUAUCCUAUUGUAGGGGAAAAAGAGAAAAUAGUCAUUGCAUGUGUAGUUGCAGGACUGGUGUUUCUGAUCCUGUUCAUUGUCUUCAUAUGCAUCUGUACAAAUAAACGAUAUAACCCCUGUAGGAAAAAGAAGAAAAAAAUUAAAACAGCAGAUGAAACUGAAAAGCUCAGCUCUUUGAACUCAAAUGAAGCUGCUGCUGCUGCUGCAGACACACGUGACACAAAUGUUGUAUGAAUCAAUCAGUGAAGUGCACCUGCCAGGGUUGGUGAUUUUCUUGACUGUAGUGUGAAAAUAAGCUCUGGAAAGGAUGAAAGCAGUGCUUUACAGUAAUCCAACCUCUGCCGUUCUCCGUGCUGCCUUUUUACUGUGUACCCCAUUCAUCACAUCACAGUUGCCUUGCUGGUUAAACAACAAAGCAUUUCAGAAGAAAAGAUGGAGAGAAACUGAAUUGGACUUAGAAUGUUUGUGACGAGUAGGAUGGUUUAUAAUUCAAAUAUAUGAACAGCUGUUCCUAUGUUCACUAUUUACAAUGUAACAAAGCCCAGCACCAUCAAUGCUGGUUGAGACACUGGGCUAGUUAUAUUGAUGUUGCUUAUGAGUGAAAAUGUAACCAAAUAUAAAACAGUCAUAUUUACAAUAUUUUUUGGAAUUAGUUCUCUCAACAUUGGUUGAGAGGCAGUUACCUACUGUAAAUUGAUGAUUGUAUGAUAACUACGUGUUCGUGACACUUUGAAAGAUUUCAUUUGUAAUUCUAAGGAAAAUGUCUUAAAAUCCCUGAACCAAUUUUUGCUGUAUUUAUUAUUGAAACAUGUACACUAAACCUGUUUCAUUUUGUUUACUAAAGGAGUUUCACAAGCUUACAUUUUUAAUUGUUAAAAAUGUUACCAAUGUUGUAAAAAAAUGUAUUUGUUGUGCUGUUUGCUUUGUUCAGAGAGAAGUAUUAACCAAUAAAAAAAUAAAGUUUUUGUAAUUUCA